AUGACUUCGGUACAAGCCAAAGCAUCGACGAGCAGUCAUGUCGGCAGUAGCAGCAGCAGCAGCACGAUCGCGCUCACUCCGGACGUCAUGGUGAGCGAAACGGAAGCUGAGGCGACCGACAUGUCCCUCCAGCCCGUCGAUUACAUCCUCUGACAGCCAGUCUCCUCUCACUCGACGUGCCAUCAAUAGGUCUCACUGAAACCGUCCAAAGUGUUUCGCAAGCACAUCGAGGUCGACAAGCAGUAUACGAGCCUGUCGUUCGACGACAGGGGCGAGUUUCUCGUGACCGCCGCGGAGGACGAGACGAUUCAGAUAUUCAACGUCAGAACGGGCAAGUGAGUGCGAGCAUCUUCAACCGGUCACAAUAUUCUGCACGAGGGAGCCACCAGUGCGACUGCAAGGGCUGAUCAAUUCGAAGUGUCCUCGCCUGGCUCUCCGGUCCUUCGUCAACCAUCUCGCAGGCACAAGAACCAGCACUAUUCGAAGAAAUACGGAGUACAUCUCGCCCGAUUUACUCACAAAAACACCAACGUCAUUCAUGCCAGUACCAAAGGCAGCGGUCGGUCCCCUCGCUCGUUCGGACUCGAUUCGGCCUAACCCGAGCUAUGCGCUGAUCUCGUCGGGGCUAUGUGCUGCAGAUGACAUCCGUUACCUUAGCUUGCACGACAACAACUACAUUCGUUACUUUAAAGGUCACACCAAAAAGUACGCUAGCUAGAGACACCCCCUGUACAGCGCGAUUGCCCUGAUCCGUUCAGUCCUUUCUCCACUCGUCUCGCUGCAGAGUCGUCUCGCUCGAAAUGUCCCCGGUCGAGGAUCAUUUCAUCUCGGGCGCCACCGAUGAUACCGUUCAACUAUGGGAUCUCAGAGCUCAAAAAGCGCAGGUGAGAAGUGGCCAAAAAUCUUCAGCUUGUUCGCUCUUUAUCGGGCUUACGAGCUGAACUGCAAAGUUUCUGGUGCUGCUCGCAGGGCAAAUUGCACAUCGCCGGGCAUCCCUGCGUUGCCUUCGAUCCGACAGGCGUCAUUUUUGUUGUCGCCCUCAAUCUCCGAUCAACCUUGCUCUUCUUUGACAAGCGGGAUUACGACAAGCAACCGUUCCUGCACGUCAACCUCGACGAUCAAGAAUUGAGCAAGAUCUCGUUCCCCCCUCGUGUGCCCAUCUACACCUCAAUCAAGUUCUCCAACGAUGGGAACAAGCUGCUUGUAGGGACUUCGGGAGACGUACAUUACGUGUUGGAUGCUUUCACAGGAUCCACAUUAGCCCGAUUAGAAAGUCAGUACCCUGCAAGCGCGAGCCGCUCCCUCUGCGAGAACGUUUCAAGCUAAGUUGCGCGCUGUUCCAUCGCUCUGAAGCGGGAGACAAAUCAGGACUCGAACGAGCGGCAGUGGCGCCUUUCGAGCGACCACUAGGUGAUCCCGUUGCAGGCCUCUCCUCCGAAGAGGUAUCUUGGACACCGGACGGUCGGUUCGUUCUCGCCGGUUCAAUCGACGGCAAGAUCUACAUCUGGGACGUGUCCCACGUCAAACCCUCUUCAAGCGACGUUGAAGAUGCGGAUCAAGAGACGGUGACGUUGCAGCCUUUGCACGUCGAUGAAGGGCAUCUGGACGGGCCGAGUCGGUGCUUGCUGUGGAAUAAUCGGGCGGCGAUGUUUGCGAGUGCAGGUGACGAUUUGGUCAGUUAAAGGAUGGGCUCUUCGCAGUCUAGGACUGGUGCGCUGACUCAAUGACCACUCGAUCGACCUGCAGGCGUUUUGGUUACCGGACUUGGAAGGGAGAAAAGCCGGUGCCAAGGGUACAGAGGACGUAGAGAUGAAGUGA